UGAUUCAGUCGUUAGCGGUGAUCGAUCUGGUGAACAACUAGCACAGGAUUUAAAAUGGAUAACAUUGACGAAGACCUGACCCCCGAGCAGAUUGCCGUUCUGCAGAAGGCAUUCAACAGCUUCGACCACCAGAAGACCGGCAGUAUCCCCACCGAAAUGGUGGCCGAUAUCCUCCGUCUUAUGGGUCAGCCCUUCGACAGGCAGAUCCUUGACGAGCUGAUCGACGAGGUCGAUGAGGACAAAUCCGGUCGCCUGGAGUUCGAGGAGUUCGUCCAGCUGGCUGCCAAGUUCAUCGUAGAGGAGGAUGAUGAGGCCAUGCAGAAGGAGCUGCGCGAGGCUUUCCGUCUGUACGACAAGCAGGGCAAUGGCUACAUUCCCACCUCCUGCCUGAAGGAGAUCCUCAAGGAACUGGACGACCAGCUGACCGAACAGGAGCUCGACAUCAUGAUUGAGGAAAUCGAUUCCGACGGCUCUGGCACCGUUGAUUUUGAUGAAUUCAUGGAGAUGAUGACUGGCGAGUAAGCAUUGUGGACCCAACGUAUCUCAUAAUUGUCUACCCCCCAACACCCGAGGCUUGAAUAAACGUUUUGUAUUUUAUUUCUACGAUUGAGUAAUCAUAAUUACGCUAUAAAUAAUCCGCUCGUUCAGGAACCGAUUGAGUAGAAAAACCCAAAGCGCGGCAAACAUUCUAUGGCUGCAGUGCAUCUGCAUCCGAGUUGAGUCAUCUUAAUUGCCAAUUGCCACCCUCUGGCGUGCGGAUUAUUAUUAAAUUUCAAUGUUUGUGCAAUGGG